GCGGAAAGAUACGAAGCUUCACGGGCGACAUUUACACACCAAGUAUCACACCGAACAACUACAUACCUGCCAACCCUCUCUUCGUCUCUCUUCGUCUUGCGUUCGGGUUUCGGUGAACCAUUCAUCUCUCACGAUGGAGUCUUCAGUGGCUCAGGUGAAGGUCAACUUCACCACGACCCACGAAGACCUACAGCUGCCAGAAACCAAAAGACAGCUCCUAGUGCCGGCCGACAUCAAACGCUAUGGACUCUCCCGCAUUCUCAACUCCGAGUCCAUGCUCAAUACCGCCUCGCCCAUUCCCCUCGAUUUUCUCGUCAAUGGCACAUUCUUGAGGACGACACUCGAAGAGUAUCUGAAGACCGAAGGCUUAUCUUCCGAAACAACGAUCACUCUCCAAUACGUCCGCUCCCUCCUUCCCCCCACUUACGAAACCUCCUUCGAGCACGACGACUGGGUGGCAUCCGUCGAUGUCCUGUCGGCCACAUCACCUGCGGGGCGUUGGUCAGGGAAUGAGUUCGUACAAGACCGGGACAGGAUUCUUUCUGCAAGCCACGACGGGCUCGUGAGGAUAUGGGAUCGGUCGGGUGCUGCCUUGGCGACGUCGGCGCCAGCUCGCGGUGGAGGCCACUCCAAACUCCUAACGGCGGCGAGGUUCCUGGGCGCUACCCAGGUCGCCUCCGCAGGCAUGGACCAGAAAGUGGUGGUGUGGAAGUACACCGAGACACCGGACGGGCUCUCCGGCGAACUGAAGCCCACUCUCGAGCUCUACGGCCACAAGAAGAUGAUCAACAGCCUCAACGUCCACGGCCCUUCCAAGCGCAUGCUCACCGCGUCCUCCGACGGCCGCGUCGGCGUCUGGCUCGCAUCCAAGAAGGCUGCCGACGCCGACCCGGAUGACAUCCCAUCCACACACACCGCCAAGCGCGUCCGUGUAGCCUCGUCCGUGACCGUGCCGCAGAAGGCCGCCCAGGUCAUGAUCCCCGCCCACGAAGACCACGUCGCCACCGACGCCGUCUUCCACCCUUCGGACCCCACCGUCGCCUACUCCGCCUCCACCGACCACACCGUCCGCACCCUCGACCUGACCACCGGACGCGUCGUCUCCACCCUCUCCACCCUGCACCCGCUCCUCGCCCUCGCCCCCCUGCCCCGGAGCGCCCACGCGCUCGUCGCUGCCGCCUCUGCCGCCCGGCACGUGACCCUCCUCGACCCCCGCGCCCAGGCGACCCAGACCUCCGUCCUCGUCCUCCGCGGCCACACCAACAUGGUCUCGUGCGUCGCCGCCGGGCCGGACAACGACUACAGCCUCGUUUCCGGCUCGCACGACGGCACCUGCAAGGUGUGGGAUCUUCGGAGCGUGCGUCCCGCCCACAGGGACGAGGGACCCGGCGGGAGCGUGUGCGAGCCCGUCUACACCGUGGCGCGGGAGUCGCUGGGCGGGAAGAAGGUCCCUGCUGGUGGGGAGGGCGUCAAGGUCCUCGGUGUCGCGUGGGAUCAGACUUGUGGGAUUGUCAGUGGUGGAGAGGAUAAGAAGGUGCAGAUCAACAGGGGUAGGGAUCUAUUUGCUUCGUAGGCGGCAGGAAAGGAAGAAAAGUUUAAAAACGAAAAAGAGGUUCUGAGCUUGGAUAAAAUAUCAUGAUACCCAGCACAUUCUAUUCGUCUUCAUGGGUGUAACUUUAUAUCUUUGUUCUUGUCGUUGUUACUCUGUUCACAGCAUUGGGUACCGUAGAUGCUAAGACGUAUUACAACUUCAAGUAUACGUGGGAUAUCUCCGACGGGGCUUAGGGAUGUUUGAUUUUACCUAGGCUUACGAUAAUACGGAUCCAGAGACAUAAAAAAACAGAACAACGGAAAAAAAAGGGACCGACUGGCAAAAUAGCAGCAC